GUGGAUGUAUCAAAAGUUUAAUCAAAUCUAAAGGAACUUUGACGUCCGCAGGGACUCAACGCUCAAUCCGGGAGAAGAAGAAAACCGGAGGGGAGCGAAGAUUUUUUUCCUUUUGUUUUUUUUAAAAAAAAUUCAGAGGAGAAAGUAGACCACAGUCGCAGAGACGAAAGCAAUCCUCUUUUUGGAGCUAGAGAUCGAAGGUAACCGUAGCCCUAGAAUCUGGAGUUCGGUUGACAGAAAAGAAGAGAUCGCCGGAAGAGAUCUUUCGAUCUACUGAACCGAGGCUGGAGACUCUUAACUGUGUAAGUCGCUUCUAUCCUCGGCUUCCAAUUGUUUUUCUUAGGUUUUUGGUUCCAUCUCCCCCCCGGUCGUCGUUGGCGACUUCUAUACCGUUACUUGCAAGGAAUUGGAUCCGACCGAUGACCGGAUCGGGGGAUUCGGCUUUGGGUUUUAUGAUAUAGAUGGCGAUCGAGAGAUAUUUGCGGUCGUUUCCGGUGGUGUCCGAAUCCAUCACGGUGUUCUAACUUAGUGAAGAGGGAAAAAUCGUUUUUCUGGGGGUUUAGAAGACGAAAGAUCGAAUCUUGACAUCUUCUGAAGAUUUCUACUUUUAUAGGUGGCUGUGGAAAGCAAAAGGAGAAGAAAGAAAAGAGUUUAAAAAGAUCGGUUUUUAGCGGCGUAUGUGAGGUCCUGUUACCUGUCUUUUUGUAAGACUGGAUAAAAAAGUGAUUCUUGAACACGGGGUGGAAUUUAUAGGAUGUUGCAGACCAGAGCUUAUGGCUUGCAUUCCACUUCCCUUUGGUUUUAUUCUUGCAGUUCUUUCUUGCUUUCAAGGGCCAUCUUAAGGUUUGUUUGCUGUUAUUGUUGCUAAAUCCAUAAGCCCAUGUAUCAAAAAAUUCCUUUUUUCGGUCUACAUAAAUUACCAGCUCCUUCCCCUUGAGCAAAAAUGGUGCCUUCCGGGCCUCCAACUCCGGUUGGCGGAGCCCAGUCGGUCCCUCAAUCUCUUCUGCGAACAAACUCUGGCAUGUUGGGCGGAGCCCAGGCUAAUUCUAUGCCUUCUCAGCAAUCCUUCUCUUCCUUGGUCUCUCCUCGAACCCAAUUUAACAACAACAGUAGCAAUAUGAGUUUGCUGGGUAACAUCUCCAAUGUGUCGUCCCUCCUUAAUCACUCAUUUGGGAACGGAGGGCCUGUUUCUGGUGGUGGGCUCUCCAAUCCUCCAGUGAAUCUCCAACAGCGAGGUGGUGUUGGAGGUGCAGUUGAUAUGCUAGGCUCCGCCGAGCCCGAUCCUCUCUCCUUCGCCUCUUCAUCUGGCCCAGCUCAGGGGCAGCACUUCCAAAAUCUUCCUGGAAGCCAACUCGUGUCAGGUCAAUCACAACCUCAGCAGUUUGAGGGGAUACAGAACUUCCAGCAACAAUAUUCAAUGUCCCACAACCAGCAGCAAACACAGCUUAGGGGAGGAUUGGGCAACAUGGGCAGCGUGGGUCCUGUCAAGUUGGAGCCUCAGAUGGGUCCCGUCAAGUUGGAGCCACAGAUGGGUCCUUCUAAUAAUAAUGGUCCGCCACAGCAAUUACAAUCACUGCGCAGUCUGGGUGCUGUGAAAAUGGAACCUCAGCAGCUGCACUCAAUAAGAAGCGUAGGCCCUGUUAAAUUGGAACGUCAACAUUCCGAUUCAUCAUUGUUUCUGCAGCAGCAACAGCAGCAGCAGCAGCAGCAGCAGCAGUUACUCCCAAUGUCAAGGCAGCCAUCACCGGCUGCAGCUGCUCAGAUUAAUCUCUUACAGCAGCAGCGGAUCUUGCAGCUGCAGCAGCAGCAGCAGCACCUUCUUAAGACCUUACCUCAGCAAAGAAACCAGUUGCAACAACAGCUUCAACAAAGUCUUCCUUUGAGACCUCAAGUGAAACCGGUGUAUGAACCUGGAAUGUGUGCACGGCGUUUGACCCAUUAUAUGUCUCAUCAACAGCAUAGACCAGAAGAUAAUAAUAUUGAGUUCUGGCGAAAGUUUGUUAAUGAGUUCUUUGCUCCCAAUGCUAAGAAGAGGUGGUGUGUUUCUCUCUAUGGAAGUGGGCGUCAGACCACCGGUGUUUUUCCUCAGGAUGUAUGGCACUGUGAGAUAUGCAACCGCAAACCUGGCCGUGGGUUUGAAACAACUGUCGAGGUUCUGCCAAGACUUUGCCAAAUUAAGUAUGCUAGUGGCAUGUUGGAGGAACUUUUAUAUGUUGACAUGCCUCGUGAGCAUCAUAAUGCAUCAGGCCAUAUUGUCCUGGAUUAUGCUAAAGCAAUUCAAGAGAGUGUAUUCGAGCAAUUACGCGUGGUACGUGAAGGUCAGCUGAGGGUUGUUUUCUCUCCUGAUCUGAAGAUUUGUUCCUGGGAGUUCUGCGCUAGGCAUCAUGAGGAGCUUAUUCCUCGGAGAUUGUUAAUACCCCAGGUCAGUCAACUUGGAGCUGCAGUGCAGAGAUAUCAGAAUGCGGCUCAAAAUGCAUCAUCAGGCUUAUCUACCCAAGAGUUGCAAAAUACUUGUAAUUCAUUUGUGGCGUCUGCUCGCCAGUUGGCUAAAGCUUUGGAGGUACCACUAGUAAAUGACUUAGGAUAUACAAAGAGAUAUGUUCGUUGUCUUCAGAUAUCAGAGGUGGUAAACAGCAUGAAGGAUCUGAUUGACUAUAGCAGGGAAACAGGGAGAGGACCCAUGGAUAGCCUGAUCAACUUCCCUCGAAGGACUUCUGUUUCUUCGGGCCUCCAUUCUCAACUGGCUCAGCAACGUGAGGAGCAGCAAACCGUUGCCCAGAACUCAAACCACAAUGAUCAGACUGCUCCUCUUGCAACUGCUGCGCAACUUACGUCUGCUAGCAAUGGUGUUCUGAGUGUAAAUAAUUCACUUAAUGCUCCACCAUCCACCGGUACUGCAUCUGCCGUUGCUGCACUCCUCCACCAAAACUCAUUGAAUUCCAGGCAAGAAAACCAGAUGGGCAGCGUCACCAGCCCCUAUGGUGGGGGGAACACUGUUCAAAUACCAUCAGCUAGUUCUUCCAAUUCACUGCCACCGUCCCAGCCCAAUCCUUCAUCUCCAUUCCCCUCGCCAACACCAUCCACAUCAAACAACAACACAGCCCCAGCCUCACAUAAUACCACCCAUUUGAGCUCUGCUAAUUCACCUGCGAAUAUGUCUACAAUCCAGCAGCCAUCAACUCAGUCUCAUGAGGCUGAUCCAACUGAGUCGCAGAGUUCAGUGCAGCAGAUCUUACAAGAGAUGAUGAUGCCCUCUCAGCUAAAUGGUGCCAAUACCUUGGGAAAUGAGAUGAAGGGAAUUAAUGGUAUGACACCAGCUCUGAAUGGAGGCAACUGCUUGGUUGGAAAUGGCAUGGCGAACGGCUCGGGCAUCGGUGGCAUGGGGUUUGGAAGCAUGGGUGGGAUUGGCCCAUCGGCCACACAGAGUGGAUUUAGGGCAGCGAUGGCUAACAAUUCUAUGAGCAUGAAUGGGAGGGUUGGAAUGAAUCACAUGUCACAGGAUCCAACAGCCAUGAACCAUCAGCAGCAACAGGAUAUGGGAAACAGGCUGUUGGGUGGCCUUGGACAAGUUAACAGCUUCAAUAAUCUUCCGUUUGAUUGGAACCAGUGAAAUCAAAUUUGCUUAUGAUUGCAUGAUCUGAAGUGUGAAAAGAUUGCCAUCAGAUUCUUGCCAGUAUGAGUUAAAGCCUACGCUCAACUUGGGAAACCCUCUCCUUUACUAAUUUCUCAGAUUACCUUCUUCCAUACAAUCCUGGCCUUUUCCUUAUAGCUUACAGAGUUCCAACUUGUAUGCAAGGUAUUUUGUAUAUCAUGCUUAAAUGACAAAUUCUUGUUGAGGCGCACAACCGAUGGGAAAGUGUAUUUAUGACAGAGAUGAGAGUGAGUAGUAAAGCACAAUUUCUGUGGUAGUUCUUGAUGCUACUUUAUUAUAGUUGAAGGGGCAGUCUGAGCAUUAGCAUGAGCUCAGAAGUUUGUGGAAGAGAUGCGUAUUAUUGCCCAAGAAAUUUGUAGCCUGAAUUGCUUGCCCCUUUCUUUUUUUCAUUCUUGCAAGUUUUCUCAGGCAUUGUGAAAGAAAUCAUGAUUGCAAAGGUCAAAGUGCUGUGAAUGAAUGGAAAUUGUGGUGUUUCUGUUUCCUUCAA